GCAAGGCUGUUAUGAAAAACCUCAACUGGACUGCAGCACAAAUGGCUCCAGUUCUUCUGCUGCUGUUUCUUCCUCUUGCCCUCUGCUGUCAAACGGCCCCCAGCACUGAAUGCGAGAAUCUGCCUUUCGUACCCGGGCAUAAUUUAGUAGGAGAGGGCUUCGAUAUCGUGCGAAUGAAGACCACCGGAGCCUUCGUGGUGGACAUGCUGAACUACAUGACCGGUGGGGACCACGGAAACUGCACUUACUGUGAAAACAAACUGCUCAAUAAGAAGCAGAAGUUGCCGGCAUCCGUAGUCGACUGGCGCAUCAAGGUUAAAUGUCGUCGUAGCCUCAGUGCAAAGGUCCAUGAAUCCGCCAGUUCGGUGCUUAAAGAUACCACCACUUCUACCAGCGUCAGCUGGAAGGUUGGCUUGAGCGUGCCGAUGGUGGCGGGCGUGGCUGUGGGUGGCACUCAUUCAAGUGCUGCCAGGUUUGCCAAGAGCCAUGCGUCUCAGGACAAGUUCUCCUACACGAGCCACACCUUCUCCUGUCGCUAUUACUCAUUCCGUCUCCACGCUCAACCUCCGUUGACCAAAGAGUUCAACGGUUCCAUCAACACCCUUCCUGCUCAAUUCAACAGUAAGUCUGAGGCGGCCUACAACCAUUUCAUCUCCAUCUACGGAACGCACUUUCUGCGGCAAGUUGACCUGGGUGGUCGCGUAAAAUCGACCACCGCCGUGAGGACCUGCAAGGUCGCCAUGACGGGACUUUCGGUACAAGAUGUGAGCAACUGCUUAUCGGCAGAGGCGUCCGGAGUUAUAAAGGGUGUGAAGGUGAGUGCAGAGACGAGUUACUGCAAAGCCAAAAAGCAAAAACUGGAGAGGGGCAACAGCUUCAGCGCAUCUUUCUCUGACCGCGUCACUGAAAUAAUGGGAGGAAACGGUGAGGCUCAGGAUAUCCUCUUUGCCCCAAGCAACAAGAGCGGGUAUGGUGUGUGGCUCAAGACGUUGAAGACGUUGCCGGGCGUGGUGUCCUAUACGCUGACCUCUCUGCACAUGCUGGUUACACACGACCCGGCCAGAAAAGCCAGUUUACAAGCGGCCAUUAGUUCAUAUAUAACGAAAAGCGCUAUAUCCACUUCUUGCUCUUCCAAGUGUAAGGUGGGCCGGCGUAACGGUAACUGUGCAUGUAAAUGCGGCGGCCAUCAACGUAUUGAUAGUAAUUGCUGUCCAAGCAAGCCAGGAGUGGCCACUUUGAGCGUGACCGUGGUGAGCGCCGCAGGACUGUGGGGAGACUGGUUCUCUAAAACCGAUGGUUAUGUAAAAUUCUUCUACAAAUCUUCGGCAGAUACGACACCUGUGAUUAUGAACAACAACUUUCCUCAGUGGAACCAUAAGCAUAACUUUGGAACUGUGGAUCUGACGGAAAGAAAACCAGUGAUUUUUGAGGUGUGGGACCGUGAUAACCGCUGGGAUGAUGAUCUGCUGGGAAAAGUUACUGUUGUCCCAACUGUAGGCACCAACGUGCAGAAACGGUUGAAGCUAAAGCAUGGCACUCUUCUGGUCUCCAUCACUGCAAAUUGUGGUCCGAGCCUUGCAAGUUCAUACUGCGAUAAAUAUGCCCCUGCACCAGAUAGCGGCAGUACUCUCACCGAUUACAACCCCUUCAAACCAGUUUCAUUCCAAGAAUCUAAUGGUCUUCCUGAAAACACUUUUCUGUAGAAAACAUAAUCGUUUGAUUGAAAAGUGAUGUAAAGCUUGAUGUAGAAUUUAAAAUGCUAAUUAAUGCUAACUAAUAUUUUUAAAUAGAACAAAUAUUUGACAACAAAGAUAAAAAUUUGACUACAUAAAUUUAAAUUAUAAAAAAUUAUUGACAUCCCUUCAAUUACAUUGUUAGUAUAUUUCUAUAUAUCUUCAUUAUUUAGUUAGGAAAGUUACAUCAAGUAAUUAGGAAAAACAGGUGUUUUUAGUCAGAAUAAAGACAUUUCUUUAAAAAUCUUUCAAUUUACAUUUUUGUUUUUAAGCGCUCUAGUGUUUUACAAAAGACAUAAUAUUUUAUAUCAGUGGUUAUAAUUGUGAUGGGUGUAAUGAGAAGGGCUUGUUUGAUAACAUCUAAUGUUUAAGUCUCAUUAAACUUGGCUAAUAAUGCUUUGAAUGCUUAGUUUAGAAAUAUAGUCUUAGGAGCACAGUAAGUAAGGGGAGAGGCAAAUUUGGUGGGGGAACAGAGACAUGUCACUGGGUUGGGUCAGCGUUUAUCUUUUUGACAGUGUUGGCAUACACACAUAAGGUGUCAACCCACUGCUGCAGUUUUCAAAGUGCAUGUUGACAAUUUUCCAAAUUCAUUCUGAAAAGUAAACGCAUAAGAGCGCAUAGAUGAGGAUUUACUUGAAUGAAAGUGUUAUGGAAAAAAUACAAAAAUAAUACGGUAAAACAUUAAAAUUUGAUGUGGGAUAAACUGAAUGCAUAGUUUUCUUCAGAUAUAUAAUUGUGUAGGUUUUUAAGGGAAACUAAAUUAUUCUGUAAUUUUGAUUAAAUGUCUUUGUAGAUAUUGUAGAUUAUAAGCAAUGGAAUCCUUAAACAUCUAAUCUUAAAAUAUUCAAUUUUACUUUUACUUUUUUUAUAGCUAAUGCAGUAAAUACCACCAAUCCCGAUAGAUUUUAAGACCUGUAUUUUAACAUAAAAGAAUGUCUAAAUAUUAAGGUAUUUUAUGUUUUUGUAUAAUUUCUUGUGCCCUAUCAAGUAUUUAGUUUCAGUUAAAAUGAUAAUGUAUAGAAAAGGCUGAAUGUGGAAAGGUCAA